AGAAGAUAGAGACCCUGAGGUUGGGGGAGACAGACCCCGGGUAGGGAGAGGGGGGGACAGAGACCCACAGCAGGGUGGACAAGAGGCUCAGGAGCAGGACACAGACAGAUGCAGACACGGCAGAGCUUAGCAGGCAGUGAGGUCAGAGUGUCUGUGAGGUCGGCUGCUGUCCAGGGCCAGCCUGGGGGCCUGGGGCCCAGAGUAAGUGGCUACAAGCAGAUCAGGAGUCCCUGCGGGUCCCCCUCAGCCUGAACCAUGAAGACCUUGGAGGGACAGCCCAGCGUGUCCUCAGUGUCCACAAGUUCCAAAGCUCCUCAGGUGAAGAUGUCCUCGGCCCAGGAGAGCUGCCUCAGCCUCAUCAAAUACCUCCUCUUCGUUUUCAACCUCUUCUUUUUCGUCCUCGGCAGCCUGGUUUUCUGCUUUGGUAUCUGGAUCCUCGUGGACAAGAGCAGCUUCGUGUCGUUUGUGGGCUUGUCCUUCAUGCCCCUGCAGAUCUGGUCCAAGGCCCUGGCCAUCUCAGGAAUUCUCACCAUGGGCCUCGCCCUUCUGGGCUGUUUGGGGGCCCUGAAGGAGCUCCGCUGCCUCCUGGGCCUGUAUUUUGGGGUCCUGCUGCUCCUGUUUGUCACGCAGAUCACCCUGGGGAUCCUCAUCUCCACGCAGCGGAUCCGGCUGGAGCGGAAGGUGAAGGACAUCAUACAGGAGACGAUCCGAAACUACUAUGCCCACCCAGAGACAACCGAGGCGGAGGAGAGCUGGGACUACGUGCAGUUUCAGCUGCGCUGCUGUGGCUGGAACUCUCCUCAGGACUGGUACCGCGUCCCCAGCAUGAGCAGCAACCAGUCGAUGUACCAAGUGCCCUGCUCCUGCCGUAACUCGUCGGUGGCCAACUCCUCAGUCUCGAAUAUGACCUCCCCCACCCAGUUCAGCCGAGUCGGACCACUGGCUCGGCCCCAACACAGUACAGAGCUUUGUGUGAUCCCUGCAAACAGCCAUACCUAUCGAGAGGGCUGCUCGCGGAGCCUGCAAAAGUGGUUGCACAACAACCUCAUCUCCAUCGUGGGCAUUUGUCUGGGCGUCGGUCUACUCGAGCUCAGCUUCAUGUCGCUCUCCAUAUUCCUGUGCAGAAACCUGGACCAACUCUACGACAGACUCGCCCGGUACCGCUAGGCCCCGCCUUCCCCAAAGACCCACCCUGACCCCUUCCCUGACUCCUGUAAAUAGUUGCUUAAUCCCCAGUUCUCCCCAGCCACUGAGACCUGAGACUCCUCAUUCUCCCCCUGGGACCCAGAUGUCUGCCUGCCCCACUGCUGUCCCCGAUCUCGUGGGACCUGGGGCUUCCUGCCACCAGCUUCCGGCCCCCAAAGAUACCUCAUUUCUUUGACUCAUCCGUCAGCCUACCACUUCCCACAAGAUUAUUUUCACCCAAACCUCAAAUAAAUCCCCUGAGUCUUGGUAAAAUAA